AUGCUCACUGCUUUAUUUCCCGCCAAACAGGCCAAGGCGAUGCCUCUUGAUGGAUGGUACAGAAUCCCCAAACCAGCCGCAAGCACCCAGAGCACCAGCAGGGACAACAUCAUCCGCUUCCAGCAGAGCCAGGACCGACUGGCCUUCAUGGCGGCCAUCCGCAACAGGUCACCCUUGCAAUUUGAGGAACACUCGUUAACAUAUUUUCCUGACUUAUCCAGAGCUACCCUGGAUUGGAGACGCUCACUACGCCCACUGACGAAGGAACUAAUUGCCCGUAAAAUACCGUACCGCUGGGGAGCGCCGAGAAGCCUAAUCAUACCACAGGAACAUGGCGACCUGAAACUCACCAACGCCGCUGAAAUACCUUGUAUAGUGCAGACCCUUGGACUGCCUGAGCAAAAGAUUGCAGUAUCAUCUCAGCCGUCACCCUCCACUACCACUCACUGGGACCCAGAGAAGGUGCGCCCACUCGUACCCGCGGCCCUCCGAGGAAACCCAUCGUCACCCUCAGGGUCGUGA